AUGAACGACGAUGACACCGAUGCCUUGCUCACAGAACGAUCAGCUCGAACCCAACAUGGCCUAACGAGAUCCGAAAUGAUUCAGGGCAUGGCCAACCGCUUCAUGUACUCCCAAUUCUAUAUUAUCCUUUACCUUUGUCUCGCCAUUUUAAGUUUGGUUUCAAUAAUACUGUCCCUUCGAGAUACAUGCCCGACAUUGAUGUUCAUUGUAUUCGAGAGCGUGAUCAAUUUCGCCAUGAUCAUUGAAGUUGGUAUUCGAUUGUUAGCGCUAAGGAGGGCUUAUUGGAACUCGGUGUGGAAUAUCAUUGAUACCAUUCUCGUUACGCUCUGCGCCAUCACGUUGAUCGUGAUUGCAUCUGGUUGUUCAGCUGGUGAACGCAGCGAGGCCAUCUUUGACACUGUGUUGCUUGUUAUCCGUAAUUGCAUCCAAUUCUUCCGUUUAUUCAUGAUCGUACGAAAAAACAAGCAUUCAAUGACCGCAAGAUCAGCCAGGGUUGAUUUUGAUGAUGUCCGAGAACCAUCGGUUGAGUUUAGUGCAUUGGAACGUGGAUUGGAUGAGAGUUUCUUAAGUAGUGAAGAAUCAGAUGAAGACAACCAUCGCGUGUAA